AUGAUUACAAUCUUAUUGUUUAUUUCUUUAUGUUUUGCUGCAAAACAAAUUGAACCAAAACAAGUAACACCAAAAAAAAUUAAAGAAGUUCAAUCAAUUAAUAUGUCUGAAUUUGGUUAUUAUAAUUUUGAUCAAAAGAAAGUUAAAAAAGCAUUAAAUGAGAUUAAAAAACCUAAAAUACCGCCAAUGAUUCCUAUUGUAGCACAACCUCCUAUUAUUCCAGUUGUUCCAGUCCAGUCAUCAAUUACAAUUACAGAAAUUCAACCACAACCAAGAUUUGUUCAAGCAUAUCCUACUUUAAUGCUUUAA